CACACACACACACUCAGUCACACACAUAUCGUCACACUUUUCCCCCCACCUUCCCACUCUCUCCCUUACAGCCGCGGCGCGUUUCGUCUCCAAAGUCUGUCUCCAGAAGCAUGUCCUCAGACAUGCAGCCACGGAGCGAUGAAGCGGACCAAGAGACGCCACCAGCGUGACAGCGUGAAAGCAGUGGCCAUGGCUGUUAACCACGAAGGUGGCGCCAGACGCGCCCGUCGCUUCCUCCCGUCAAAGAGAGCCUCUCCGGUGCUUCAGUGAGCGCACACACCACCCUCCCAGCAUGCCACCCAAGUGUGAGGAGGCCCGACGGACUGCCUAACACCUGCUGUUCCAUCUGAGUAGGAGCUAGCAACGAAAGACCAAAUGCCAUGGACGUAUUCAAUUCGACCUACUGGAAUGCCUCUGAGGGCAAUGGCACAGAAGUUGAGGAAAAAUACGAAAGCCCCUACAAGACCGUGGAGGUGGUGUUCAUCGUGUUGGUGGCCGGUUCCCUCAGCCUGGUGACGGUCAUUGGAAAUAUCCUGGUCAUGCUCUCCAUCAAAGUCAACAGGAACCUACAGACGGUCAACAACUAUUUCCUAUUCAGCCUGGCAUGUGCCGACCUAAUUAUCGGACUGUGCUCUAUGAACUUGUACACAGUCUACAUAGUGAUGGGGUACUGGCCCCUGGGCCCGGUGGUGUGUGACUUGUGGUUAGCCUUGGACUAUGUCGUCAGCAACGCGUCCGUCAUGAAUCUCCUCAUCAUAAGCUUUGACAGAUACUUCUGUGUCACCAAGCCCCUCAGCUACCCAGUCAAAAGGACCACCAAGAUGGCGGGAAUGAUGAUUGCAGCGGCCUGGGUCCUGUCUUUCAUUCUCUGGGCGCCGGCCAUUCUCUUCUGGCAGUUCAUUGUUGGCGGGCGGACAGUGCCUGAGAAAGAGUGCUACAUCCAGUUCUUCUCCAACGCCGCUGUCACUUUUGGCACCGCCAUCGCCGCCUUUUACCUGCCUGUCAUCAUCAUGAUUCAGCUCUACUGGCAGAUCUCCCGAGCGAGCAAGAGCCGCGUGAAGAAGGACAACCGCAAGCCGUCCGGAGCCAAUCCGGAGCCCCUGUCGCCCGGCCAGAGGGGGAACAGCGCGCCGAAACCCAACAACAACAACGUGCCGGGGGAAGACGCGGCGCGUUUGCCGAGCCAGAGUGGCGACGACGCGGCCAGCCAGCACGAUGGAAAGCUGCAGAACGGCAAGGGGCCCUCCUCGACCACCGCCGAGGGGGAGACCGAAGGGGACGACGUGACAAGGGAGAACUGCGCCCCCCACGCGGGGGAGAAGGAGAGCUCCAACGACUCGACGUCUGGCAGCGUGGCGGCAUCCAACCAGAAGGACGAGGAGGCGGGGGCGGCGUCGAGCGCCGACGCCUGCGCCGAGACGCGCCACCAGCCGCCGCCGCGGCAACGAGCCAAGGCGGGGGGCUCCAAGCUGACCUGCAUCAAGAUCAAAACCAAAUCGCCCAAGGGCGACUUCUACACGCCGUCCAACGCCACCGUGGAGAUUGUCCCGGCCUCCGAGCGGCAGAAUCACGUGGCCCGGAAGAUCGUGAAGAUGACGAAGCAACCUCCCAACAAGAAGAAGAAAGCGCCGCCGUCACGGGAGAAAAAAGUGACCCGCACCAUUAUGGCCAUCCUGGUAGCUUUUGUUGCCACUUGGACUCCUUAUAAUGUGAUGGUGCUCAUUAACACCUUCUGCUCGAGCUGCAUCCCCAACACAGUGUGGACUAUUGGAUACUGGCUGUGCUACAUCAACAGCACCAUCAACCCGGCCUGCUACGCUCUGUGCAACGUCACUUUCAAGAAGACAUUCAAGCAUCUUCUCCUCUGCCAAUAUAAAAACAGCAGGUCAGCCAGAUAAAUACGGGCCGCUUAGGAGCGAGAGGUGUGCGCUUUUUUUUUGUUUUUGUGUGUGUCGUGAAAGAAGUCCGUGAGCAAGACUGCAAGAGUGUACAUGUGAAAUUACUUUCCAUCAUUUUAUUCCUUUUUAGGUUUUUUUUCUUCCGAUUUCUCUCUCAAUAACCGGUUGUAGCACUCUGCACAAAUUGCUUUACGCCAGUUGCUUUCGAGACGUGUCGCGCGAAGGCGGCAAAGGUUGCGCGGUUUUGGCGAAAAAAGCCGAGCGCAGAGCUCAAAUAAGUAGGGGGCCGAGUUGAUUUGAAAAGAUAAAGAGAACAGCGCUAAAGGUCUGCGCCGUGCGAAAAAACACAAGAGUUCAAAUGGGAAAAUAGGGCUGACUGAAUUUCCAAACUCAAAGCUGUUUGAAGUUCUGUGAAGAUACCUGUAGAUAACUGUACAUAUCAGUGUAUACUCAAUGUUCACGGAGUAUGUGUCCAUCCCUGCCCCCCCUGCUUUCUGCAGGUUAGCGAUCCUCAUCUACUUCCAACCAGCAACAUGGAGAAUACAAGGGGGGGG